CCCGGCUCCAUGGUGACGGUGGGGCCGGGUGGGUGAGGGCGGUCCCAGUGCGGCCCUGGCCCGUGGCCGGUCCCGCAGCUCCGCUCCCCGCAGCUCCGCUCCCCGUGUCCCUGCCGCCGGAACUAUGGAGUUAGGCCGGGCGGGGCUGGCCUGGGCCGCCGCGCUGCUGCUGAGCGUUCUGGGAGCGCAGGCGGCGGUGGGGGAUUUCGAUCCGUACCGCGUCCUGGGGGUGGGCCGGAGCUCCAGCCAGGCCGACAUCAAGAAGGCCUACAAGCAGCUCGCCCGGGAAUGGCACCCUGACAAAAACAAAGACCCGGGAGCAGAAGACAAAUUCAUCCAGAUCAGCAAGGCCUACGAGAUUCUCUCCAAUGAGGAAAAAAGGGCAAACUUUGAUCGCUAUGGAGAUGCUGGGGAAAGUAGCCAGGGCUAUUCCCAGCACCAGCACCACCAGUUCCACCACUUCCAUGAAGGUUUCUACUUUGAUGAGUCCUUCUUCCAUUUCCCCUUCAACUCUGAGAGGCGGGACACCUCUGAUGAUAAAUACCUGCUCCAUUUUUCCCACUACAUCAAUGAAAUCCUGCCCGAGAGCUACAAGAAGCCUUACCUCAUCAAAGUCACCUCUGACUGGUGUUUCAGCUGCAUCCACAUCGAGCCAGUGUGGAAGGAAGUUGCUCAGGAGUUGGAGGCACUGGGAGUGGGGAUCGGCGUCGUCCACGCUGGGUACGAGAGGCGCCUGGCCCAUCACCUGGGGGCACACAGCACCCCCUCCCUGCUGGGGCUCCUCAACGGGAAGAUAACCUUCUUCCACAACGCUGUUAUCCGGGAAAACCUGCGGCAGUUUGUGGAGAACCUCCUGCCAGGGAAUCUGGUGGACAAGAUCACUGAUAAAAACUACAUCCACUUUCUCUCCAACUGGAAGAAGGAAAACAAGCCCCACGUCCUUCUAUUUGACCACAUGCCAGUCGUGCCAUUACUGUACAAGCUGACUGCCUUUGCCUACCGGGAUUACCUCUCCUUUGGCUACGUCUACGUGGGGCUCCGAGGCACUGAAGAGCUGUCCCGUCAGUACAACAUCAAUGUCUACACUCCCACCAUGAUGAUCUUCAAGGAGAACAUUGACAAGCCUGCUGACGUGGUGCAGGCACGUGAUAUGAAGAAGCAGCUCAUUGAUGACUUCCUUUCCCAGAAUAAGUUCCUCAUGGCCACCAGACUCACCAACCAGAGGCUGUUCCAGGAGCUGUGUCCCGUGAAGAAGUCUCACCGCCAGCGAAAGCACUGUGUGGUCCUGCUUACUGGAGAAGGUGAGAAGUUUGCUGAGGCUUAUGAGGCAUUUCUGAGUUUUGCUGUGGCCAACACAAAGGACACCUUGAAGUUUGUGCACAUCUACAAUGAUCGGCAGCCGGAAUUUGCUGAGUCCUUGCUGAUGAAUGAGGAGAAGUACCAGGGAAAGUCAGCUGUGGUCAUUUUGGAGAGACGCAAUAACGCCGGGAAGAUUGCCUAUAAAACCUUGGAGGAGGCCUGGAGAGGCAGCAAAGAGGACAACUUCAUCCUCCUGGAUCUCCUGGACCAGCUGAGGACAGACCCUGGCCUUCUCUCUUCAGAAACUGUCCUGGCAGACUUGAACGAUGAACUCGCUCCUAUGUUCCUUAUCCGAUGGCUCUACUCCACACUGGAUUAUAUCUCAGACUGCUGGGACAGUUUGUUUCACAGUAAUUGGCGAGAAAUGAUGCCACUGCUCUCCCUGCUGUUCUCUGCCCUCUUCAUUCUCUUUGGCACUGUUAUUGUUCAGGCUUUCAGUGAUUCCAGUGACACGAGGGACUCUCCUCCCUCUGAGAAGGAAGAAACCGCCACAAAGACUGAGAAGAACGACACGAGCUUCAGCAGAGAGAGUAACAGCAGGAUUCCCAAAAAGGGCUUUGUGGAGGUGACUGAGCUAACAGACAUCAACUACAACAGUAACCUGGUGCGCCUGAGGCCGGGGCACAUGAAUGUGGUCUUGAUCCUGUCUAAUUCCACCAAAACUGCUCUCCUCCAGAAGUUUGCCCUGGAAGUCUACACAUUCACAGGGAGCAGCUCUCUCCAUUUCUCCUUCCUCAGCCUGGACAAGCACCGGGAAUGGCUGGAAUACCUGUUAGAAUUUGCACAGGAUGCAGCCCCCAUCCCAAACCAGUACGACAAGCAUUUCCUCGAGCGUGACUACACGGGCUAUGUCCUGGCUCUGAACGGCCACAAGAAGUACUUCUGCCUCUUCAAGCCUCACAGAUCAGGGGAUGAGGGGGGAACCCUGGGAUCAGGUGAGGAUUACAAUUCCUCACUACACACAGAAGCCAGAGGGAAAUCCUCCUCCAGCCCAGGAUCUAGAUCCAUUAAAAACAAAUUACACAAAUUGUCCUUUUGGAUGGAACGACUCCUGGAGGGUUCCUUACAGAGGUUCUAUAUCCCCUCGUGGCCUUCGCUAGACUGAGGGAUUUUAAAAGAGAUUCUAACAGACAAAACUUUUUAUGAAGAUGGCAGAGGACUUCUCUUCCAGGAACACACAACCAAGCAUUGACAAAUGGACCUUAGGUUUUAGAUGAACUCUCCUCAGGCCGGCAACUAGAAAAUAUCUCCCCCCCUCCGGCACCUGGGAGCACAGCCCAGAUUCACUCCACCAACUCCUCUGUGCGUUUGGAUGCCGUCCUACCCAAAAGCCAGGAAGUCUGUUGUUUUCCCUUCUUGUCCUGCUGCAUCUCCUUCCUGAGAUGAGUGAGUCACCCCUUCACCUUCCCUCUUGUUGAAGACAAACCUGUGACUUCUCUGCCAUGGUGACUCGGCUGGUGACACAGGUCAGGUCAAGGUUCUGUCUCCCUGUCCCCGUGUGCAUGGUGUAACACCAGUAAGAUCCUGCAGACCCCCCCAGGCCCUGCCUUCCCAGCAGGCAUUUCUAUUUAUCGGCGUUCCCAAUGGUAAGUGAUCUGGAAUUAGGGGCUGGGAGCAUCUCCCUCAUAGCAAACCUGGAGCUGGGACUCCCCAGUGGUGUGGGCUGGAGGCACCUCUCAUUGUUCCACGUGCACCUCCACCAGCUCAGCCCUAACCAGGGAGGGAGAAGAGGUUUUGCAUGGCCAUGAAUACUGUAAAGGUGUUGAGCCAUUUAAAUGUCACAUUAUUUUUUUUUCAGAUGCCUUUCUGCUUCUGUGAAGUUUAGAUGAUGUCUCCUAGAGCCAUAAUUUUGUGUCCUCAGAUUGUAGGCGUGAGCCAGUCCAUGUGUUACAGUACAUGAUCCAGUAGAUGUGUUUAAAAAAACCUCUACCUUGCUGCUAGGGAGGGGGUCAGUCCAGGCUCCUUUCCAACACCCUGACACCUGUAGUACAUACCAACCUUUCUUUGUAUCAAGAAAUCCAAAUUGUUGUUGAUUAUGUUCUUGAAAUGUUGUCCCAGGAGUGCUGUGUCAUCAGACCACUGCCGACGUGUGUCUUGUAGGGGGCUGAAGGCACUUGGUUGCAGCCUCUCACCUGUUCCUUCCUUGCCACCAACCUUUGAUUUCUCAGCUGAAGGGCUGCUGCCUUGGGCUUUUCGUGGUUGGCAUUGAGGUCUUGGUUUUUUCCCCUCUUUGAACUCGUAGCUCUGUGUGAAGCUGUGGAGGUCACCAAGCACAGCAGUUGGUUUCUGCUUUGCUCUAGCAGUGCUCCACUCUGCCAGUCUCCAAGCUGGCCACCCACCCUCUACAAAAUCCAUGAAUGCUCAGGUCAUUUUAUUUCCUUCAUGCCGUAGUUGCUCACAAACCCUUGGCUUGCUGCAUCUUCCCCUCCCUACCCUGGGAGCAGGUUGGUGUCCCACCACCACCACCACAGGGAUCUCCAGCACCCUCUGUAAUUACUUCCAAAAUAAGGCUGUGAUGCUACUGACUGCCCCUACGUGAGGUUACUUACGUUGAGCUCAUUGAACUCUGGGCCACAGCUUGCACAAAGGAGGCCCCUGAAGCAGAGGGCAGGGAGUGAGGAAGGAAAGGAGGAAGGAGAAGCCUUCACCUUGCCCUGGCAUUGCUGGACUUCAUUUUCCUUUGGCUGGAGCAAGCACCAUCACACUCUUGUGCUUUUCCUGUACAGGAUGUGGUUAGAGUAAGGUUGUAGCCCUGUGGAAAGCUCCCUAUAAUCUUCUUCAAUAUCUGCAAAUGCAAAAAAUGCCAUUCUUUGGGUCUCUGCUGUCUCUUCAGUGAGUCAGAAACCAGAAGACAACCUUUGACAAGUUAAAAAAAGUGCCUAGCUGUGCCACAGAAAGGGAAUUCAGCCCCCUCCUCCUCUUCCCAAGUGAGCAAGACUCCAAACACAGUUGUAUGAUGCACAACUGCUGGAAUCCUUUCUUUAAUUUUAAUUUUAGCACAGGUAACCUCCCCUUUUAGCUUGAGUCUUGUUUAACGAGGGCUUGGAGCAGCCCACCCUUGCUGGGAUGGUUCCUGUGGAGCUGUAGCUCUGCCCAGGUCAGACUGGUUCAGCUUCUGUUGUUCUUUUAUGGAAAAAAAAAAAUAAUUUCUCAUGGGCUGAAGCAAGUGCCAAACUCUUCUCAACCCCUCGCUGAGCUUGCUGUGGUGUCCAGCAUGGAGCACUGGCUGCUUGCUUCCUUGUAGAAGAGCCUGAGGUCCACUUGCCCUCUCCCAGCAGUCACCCACCCCAAGUAAUGUUCCAACCUCCACCCCCAUCACAUGCUCUGCCACGCUGCACCUGGUGGUUCCUAACCCAAAGAUGGAGGCAAUCCAGUCCUGGUGACAUCUGAGCACUCACAAGCUGACACAGCCCCCCCCAGUUGAAAGAUUGUACCCAACCCCCCCUGUGGUGGGCAGGGGCUUGGCCGGGGGGCUGCCCCAGUUCUGCCCCCUGCCCAAUGCUGCCAGGAGCCAGGACAGUAACAGCCUGAGAAGUAGGACUGAAAACUAGGUACAGAUUUUGCACUUUUGAUACUGGGGAGGGGAAACUAACUUAUUUGGGAAAGUUGUCUCUUUUUUUUCCUGCUUUUUUUGUGAUUUUUUUGUUUUGUUCAGUUUCUGUUGCUUUUUUUCUUUUUGUAUUUGUGAACAGGCACUGAUGUAAUUUUGGUUUAAGACUAUUAACAGACUCGCAACCAAAAUAAACUAUUUUACUGUCUG